AUGUCCCAGCUUGUUCCUCAAGAUAAAUUUGCACCUUCAGAAGUCUCUUUUGGUGCAGGUGCACUUUCAGGAUCUUACGAUGACUUCACCCAAAACGAUGCUGUCGAAGCUUAUAUGUUUCGGUUAGGCAUCAACUGUUUUGAUACAUCACCUUAUUAUGGACGUAGUGAAUAUGUCUUAGGAGACGCCUUACAAACAAUUUCUAAAGAGUUUCCUCGUCAACAUUACUAUAUUUCAACAAAGACAGGUCGAUUUGGUUAUACCACUAAAGAUUUUGACUUCAGUGCGAAAAAGACAUAUGAAAGUGUUGAGAAAAGUAUGAACCGACUUCACACAGAUUAUCUCGAUGUUGUUUAUUGUCACGAUGUAGAGUUUGUCCCUAUGGAGAACAUCGUUGGCCCUGGUGGGGCACUUGAAGCAUUGUUUAACCUGAAAGCACAAGGCAAAGUGAAAUACGUCGGCAUUUCGGGAUACCCAUUGGAUGUCUUGUUGAAAAUUGCGCAAUACCAAUUCGAACAGAAAAACCAACCUUUAGAUAUCAUUCUUUCUUAUUGUCAUUAUACCCUGCAGAAUACAAAAUUGGCCGAUUAUGCACCGAAACUACGCAAAGCAGGUGUAAAAUACAUCAUGAAUGCCUCUCCUUUGUGUAUGGCAUUGUUACGUGAAGGAAAGACACCAGAUUGGCAUCCUGCCCACAAAGAAUUAAGGGAAGCUGCUGAUAAAGCAGCCGUAGUCACCCGAGAACAAUAUGGACUUGCCAUUUCUGAUCUGGCUUCUCGAUUCUCAUUCCAAGGCAAGGAUGAAAUCGGUAUCAACUCAACCUUGAUUGGGCUAGCCAGGAAAUCUGAAGUGCAAGAUGCUUUACGGUGCUGGAGAGAUGGGAAAGAACGAAAAGAGAACUCAGAGAAGGAAAACCAGGCCUAUGCGCUUAUUUUUAAACUGUUGGAACCCUAUAAAAAUUACUCAUGGCAAAGUCCAACCACGAAAGAGCUAGCUCAAUGA